CAAUAUAUUUCUUGAUACUACAACUCACUCAUGACACUUCAAUUUGUUCAUCACUUUUUAUUCUCCAUCUUUCUUUUUACCCUAAUAUUACUUUCUCCCAUACUUGGCCAUGCCAAGAGGGAGAUGAUGCCAAUCGGUGACCAAAAAACACCACGUUUCGCUUUCGAUUUCAUCAACCAAUUAGAAGGUUCUAAGAAAGGAAACAAAAUCGAAGGCAUCCAUAAGAUCAAAAACUACCUCUAUCAAUUUGGUUAUCUCGAUAACCAAAACCUAAACCUAUAAACCACGUCGCCGAGCCCCACGACGACGAAUUCAACGAUGCCCUAGAAUCCGCCAUCAAAACCUACCAAAGAAAUUACCAUAUUGCCCCCACGGGUAUACUAGAUGCUACGACAGUAUCCAAAAUGACCACCCCUCGAUGCGGCUAUGCCGAUAUCGUUAAUGGUAUCAACACCAUGCAACUUAAUAAGGGUAAAAAGUACUUGAACUCAAACAACGAUAUUCAUACAGUGUCUCACUACCGCUUCACCGUCCCAAGAAACCGUAGAUGGCCGCGGUCCAAAGCUAAUCUCACUUACCGGUUUCUUCCCAACACUCCCGAGAUCGCGGUGGGCCCCGUUUCGCGGGCCUUCCAAAAGUGGCAUUCCAUCAGCGGUUUCAGUUUCUCGCGGGUCCAAGACAGUAGCUCCACCGAUCUAGUGAUCGGAUUUUUCAAGAGGUCCCAUGGGGACGGAGCCCCGUUCGACGGGCCCGGCGGAGUCACAGCCCAUGCGUUCCGUCCUACCGAUGGGAGAUUACAUUACGAUGCAGAUGAGAAAUGGUCCGACGGGCCCGCACCAGAUGCUAUGGACUUGGAAUCAAUAGCGGUGCAUGAAAUCGGGCACCUUCUCGGGCUCGGGCAUUCCGAUGUUAAGGCUGCGAUCAUGUACUCCUAUCUUAACUAUGGAAUGAACAAAACUAAAUUCGAUGCAGAUGAUAUCAAUGGAAUCAAAGCUUUAUAUCGAAACUGGGGGAAUUAAUUAAUUAAAUGACUUCUUUAUCUCUAUCUCUAUAUAUAUC